UGAUGACAGCAAAUUCUGCAAAUUGUUUGACUACCUCUGUUCCCCGCAUCCUAUAAAAUUUCACAACCAUUGUCAUUUUGCUGCUAGACAAACCUGUCUUUCUACUAUUGAAGUUGCCAGGUUUCGACCCUCUAACGUGCGUAGCCAUGGCUGCCAUUGCUCACUCGAAGAACGCGAAUAUUUCUUCUUGUAUGCUAAAUAGUCUGCAGGCAAACAGAUCGGGGUUUUCCUGUGGUGGAGUUGUUGCAAGCUUUAAGGGCAAAUCUUCAUCUAUUUCGUUGCUUUGUAAUGGCAAUCGCAUCAACACAGAUGGCCUGGGCGGAAACGUUUUAAGGAUAAGGUGUGCACUUGCAGAACGAGGGCCUAAAGUGGAAAAGAAAACACUUCUGCAUGAGCUCUAUGAACAGCAGGGACAGAGUCCUUGGUAUGACAACCUCAGGCGACCUGUUAGUGAUUUGAAGCCAUUGAUUGAAAGCGGAGUCCGAGGCAUUACAAGCAAUCCAACGAUUUUUGAAAGAGCAAUAAUAUCUUCAGAUGCUUAUGAUGCCCAGUUCAGGCAGCUUAUUAAGGAGGGAAAAGAGAUUGAGGACACGUACUGGGAACUUGUCAUUAAAGAUAUUCAAGAUGCAUGUGAACUGUUUGAGCCCAUUUAUAAUGAAACAGGAGGAGCAGAUGGUUAUGUCUCUGUUGAAGUUUCUCCCAGGCUUGCUCUUGAGACAGAACAAACAAUUGAAGCUGCUAAAUGGUUGCACAAAAGAGUCAAUCGCCGUAAUGUCUACAUAAAGAUUCCAGCAACAGCAGAAUGCAUUCCUUCCAUCAAGAAAGUUAUUUCUCUUGGUAUCAGUGUUAAUGUUACCCUAAUAUUCUCACUUCCACGGUAUGAAGCUGUGAUUGAUGCAUAUAUAGAAGGUUUAGAAUCAUGUGAAGCUGAGGAUCUUUCAAAAGUUACAAGUGUUGCUUCCUUCUUUGUAAGUCGUGUCGACACACUUAUAGACAAAAAGCUUGAAAAAAUUGGAACCGAGUCUGCACUCCUACUUCGAGGAAAGGCUGCCACAGCACAAGCUGCUCUUGCUUACAAACUAUAUCAGGAAAAGUUCUCUGGUCCUCGAUGGGAGGCUCUUGAAAAGAGAGGAGCUAGAAAGCAAAGAGUUUUGUGGGCCUCAACAAGUGUGAAAAAUCCAGCAUAUCCAGAUACACUCUAUGUGAAUCCUCUGAUUGGCCCUGACAGUGUCACAACAAUGCCAGAUCAAGCACUCCAGGCAUUUCUGGACCAUGGGACCGUUUCUAGAACUAUUGAUGCAAAUUUUGAGGGGGCAGAGGAAGUUUAUAAUGCAAUAGAAAAUCUUGGAAUUGACUGGAAUGAAGUGGGUUCCUUGCUGGAAUUGGAAGGUGUGGAGUCUUUCAAGAAGAGCUUUGAUAGCCUUCUUGUUAGUCUUGGUGAAAAAGCAAAUUUGCUUAAAAUAAGUAGUUAAUAACUUAAUAGGGUAGGGUUUUAUUGAUAUUAUCCUGUAUGUAAUAAAGCAUUGUCAGAUGGUAGAUGCACAAAUGACUAAAAUGAUGUAUAUUGCAGAAGGCUGAAAUUGUGGUUCCCUCAAGUACCUGGAGCCCUCUUAUUAGCUCAUAAAAUAAAUAAGUAUGAGGAGCAGUAAAACAUAUUAUGAAUUCUAGUCCGGUUAUCAGAUAUCCAGGUUUCCUGAGGAAGGAAUAGAUGUCUAAGGAAUAGACAGAUUUGUGAAUAUUAUGUUGCGCAAUCUAUUUGAUUUUGAUUUUUGA